CUCGCCUUGCCUUGCAGAUCAGUCUCUCUUCGACUCGGUCUCUGCAUAGGCAAUCAGAGCUCCUACUUGCAGACCCAACUCUUCCUCUCACACUGAUUGCAAUGAUUUUUCUGCCCGAAUGUAGGUCGUUUAGAAGCGAGAAUACGAGUUUUCUUCAAAUCCAGUGUUACUGUCUUUCUUAUUGUUAUUUUUAAUAUUUCCACACACAUACUUCGUGGUCUUUGCAUUCCUUUGGAGAAGCGAAUCGCAUUGGAUUCCAAAAAGGAGAGCAGGAACCGUGUGCGAAUAAUCCCGGCUGCAUUAUAGCCGGAGAGGAUUUCCUGAAAGACUCUGGCUACGUAAAAAAGAUCCCUAUGCUUCUGCAGAUACUCCAGUGCUAAGGGUUUUUCUGUAACUACAAUGACAUCAUGCAGCCUUCUGUGGGGGAAUUCUGAAGCUUUGUCAAGAAUACAACACAGUGGUAAGGACUAAAAGCUGACUCGGUGGGCUGGACUUCACUGGAAGGAGCCAUUUUGCUGGAAAAGUGGAAUAACUGUGGAUCUCUCUACAUGCCACUUGCUGGAAAGUGCUGUGUGUUGCCAGGAUUAAGCCAACACUGAAGUCUGGGAUGGGCGUUAGGGGCAAACACUCCUUUGCUUCCUCUGAUGUUGGGAUUUGUCUACAGCAAGUCAACUGAGGCACGUUCCACAUACCAGCUUUUGUUGUUUCACUGCCUGAACAGAGCUACAUUUUCCCUCAAGUUAUCUCAUUUUGACUACUUUUUAAUUUUAUUGAUUUUUAUUUUCCUUGACUGAUUAAUUUUCUUCUGGCUGUGGAAAAAAGAGCCCUGCUGAUGUUGAUUUAGAUAAUGUCGAAACCAAUGGGACUCCUAUGGCUGCCUUUGAUCUUCACCCCAGUGUGCGUCAUGUUGAAUUCUAGCUUCCUGCUGUGGAUAACUGCGCUGGCUAUAAGGUUUACUCUCAUCGAUGGCCAAGCACAAUACCCAGUUGUGACGACAAAUUACGGCAAGAUACGUGGUUUAAGAACACCUUUGCCUAAUGAGAUCCUUGGUCCAGUGGAGCAGUACCUGGGUGUUCCUUAUGCCUCUCCUCCAACUGGAGAAAGGCGAUUUCAGCCCCCCGAACCACCGUCGUCUUGGACAGGCGUCCGUAAUGCUACACAGUUUGCUGCUGUCUGCCCACAGUACCUGGAUGAGAGGUCAUUGCUUAAUGACAUGCUGCCAGUCUGGUUUACAGCCAAUCUGGAUACUGUGGUGACAUAUGUUCAAGAUCAAAAUGAAGACUGUCUGUAUUUGAAUAUCUAUGUGCCCACAGAGGAUGGAGCCAACACAAAGAAAAGCGCAGAUGAUAUAACCAGUAAUGAUCGUGGUGAAGAUGAAGACAUUCAUGAUCAGAACACCAAGAAACCCGUUAUGGUUUACAUCCAUGGUGGAUCUUACAUGGAGGGUACUGGCAAUAUGAUUGACGGCAGCAUUCUUGCAAGCUAUGGAAAUGUCAUUGUUGUCACUCUCAAUUACAGGCUGGGGGUUUUAGGAUUUUUAAGUACUGGAGACCAAGCUGCAAAAGGCAAUUAUGGGUUGCUUGACCAAAUCCAAGCUUUACGUUGGAUUGAAGAAAACAUUGGAUCGUUCGGAGGAGACCCAAAAAGAGUUACUAUUUUUGGAUCUGGGGCAGGAGCUUCCUGUGUCAGCCUCCUGACACUCUCUCACUAUUCAGAAGGUUUGUUCCAAAAGGCAAUCAUACAGAGUGGAACAGCCCUGUCCAGCUGGGCAGUGAACUAUCAGCCUGCCAAGUACACUCGGAUAUUGGCAGAUAAAGUGGGCUGCGACAUGCUGGAUACCACUGACUUGGUUGAAUGUCUUCGUAAUAAGAACUACAAAGAACUCAUUCAACAGACCAUCACUCCAGCCACGUACCACAUUGCCUUUGGGCCUGUGAUAGAUGGAGACGUGAUUCCAGACGACCCCCAGAUUCUCAUGGAGCAAGGGGAAUUCCUUAACUAUGAUAUAAUGCUGGGUGUGAAUCAAGGGGAAGGUUUAAAAUUUGUGGAUGGCAUUGUAGACAAUGAAGAUGGUGUUUCCCCCAAUGAUUUUGACUUUUCUGUCUCAAAUUUCGUGGACAAUCUAUAUGGUUACCCAGAAGGGAAAGAUACACUGCGAGAGACCAUUAAAUUCAUGUACACUGAUUGGGCAGACAAAGAAAACCCUGAAACAAGACGGAAGACCCUCGUUGCUCUUUUUACAGACCACCAGUGGGUGGCACCAGCUGUCGCUACUGCUGACCUGCAUGCCCAGUAUGGAUCUCCAACCUAUUUCUAUGCAUUUUACCACCAUUGCCAAAGUGAAAUGAAACCCAGCUGGGCUGAUUCAGCUCAUGGUGACGAAGUCCCUUACGUGUUUGGGAUUCCCAUGAUUGGUCCCACAGAACUGUUUAACUGCAACUUUUCCAAGAAUGAUGUCAUGCUCAGUGCAGUAGUUAUGACAUACUGGACUAACUUUGCCAAAACCGGAGAUCCAAACCAGCCUGUCCCACAGGACACCAAGUUCAUCCACACAAAGCCCAACCGCUUUGAAGAAGUGGCCUGGUCCAAGUACAAUCCCAAAGACCAGCUUUAUCUGCACAUUGGCCUGAAACCCCGAGUGCGUGAUCACUACCGAGCAACAAAAGUUGCCUUCUGGUUGGAGCUCGUACCACAUCUCCACAAUCUGAAUGAGAUAUUUCAGUAUGUUUCCACAACAACUAAAGUCCCCCCUCCUGACAUGACAUCGUUUCCUUACGUGACGCGGCGGUCUCCUGGUAAAUUGUGGCCGGCCACCAAGCGCCCGGCAAUGACACCUGCCAACAACCCUAAGCACUCAAAAGACACCCAUAAAACAGCUCCAGAGGACACAACAGUUCUGAUAGAAAACAAACGAGAUUACUCCACAGAGUUGAGCGUCACCAUUGCUGUGGGGGCAUCCUUGCUGUUCCUUAAUAUUUUAGCAUUUGCUGCGUUAUAUUACAAGAAGGACAAACGGCGUCACGAGACUCACAGGCGCCCCAGCCCCCAGCGGAACACCACCAAUGAUAUUGCACACAUACAAAACGAAGAGAUUAUGUCCUUACAGAUGAAACAGCUAGAACAUGACCACGAGUGUGAAUCACUGCAGGCCCACGACACACUGAGACUAACCUGUCCACCUGACUACACACUUACUUUGAGAAGGUCCCCGGAUGACAUCCCACUAAUGACACCCAACACCAUAACAAUGAUUCCAAAUACAUUAACAGGAAUGCAGCCUUUGCAUACUUUCAACACCUUCAGUGGAGGACAAAACAGUACAAAUUUGCCCCAUGGACAUUCAACCACUAGGGUAUAGCUCAGCCCUUUUCCCCUCUACCCUCACAAGCCACUUGGAAGAAAGGGAAAAACAAAAGAAGAAAAGGAAAAAAAAAAAAACAAACACAAAAAGAAACCCACAAAAAAAAAAACGAAGAGGAAAAAGUUAUGAUACCAUCCAUUGAAAGCCUUGUCAAAAUCUAAAGUCAAAACAACUAAAAGAGAAGGACAGUCAUUAUUUUCUUACGGAUCCUUCCCACAGAAACUCUCUGAUGUUAAAGAUCAACCUACAAACCCUAUGAAAUGUGAAAACUAUACAUUGCUGUUACAAUACUGCUUUAAGGUCUCAGCCACUUUGAUUCAAAGUUAAGGCCAGAAGAAGUCACUUAAAAAUGGUGUUUUGAGUGUUACCAAGCAAAGCAGAGUCUUCUGGAACACAGAGCUGGUGACUGUACAGGUGUUUUGUUUGGGUUGGUUUGGUUUUUUUUUAAAUAAAUAAAAUAAUAAUUAAAAAAAACAAAUUCUUUAUGUGCCAUACCAUGAAUGGCCCUUGUUAAAACGAAGACAUCGCCAUGGGCUUUUACCCAGCAAACGAAGCUGUAAUCCAGAUGGGGGAAAAUAGAAUUUUAUUAUUAAAAACAAAAAUGAAAUUAAAAAAAAGAGAAAGAAAGAGGAGGACUGACUAUGCAGUAAAACACGUAUAUAGUUCUGUGCAAAGAGAUGACUUGCCAGCCUGAACUAUAUUUAAAGAAACUUUGUAUAAAUGUACAUAGCUGUGAGUUUAAAAAACAAAACAAAACAAACAAAGGAGAGAGACACACACACAAAAAAAAAAGAAAAAGACAAAAAAAAAUUGAUGUUUUCAGUUUGAAAAGAGCUUUUAGAAAGAUUGUGCAUUCGGUUGUGACCUAUAUGUAUAUACAUUAGUCAUAUCACCUCUGUUUCCUCCGUGUCCAAAGGAGGGAUUUCUUCUUAAUUACUAGUGGUAAACAGCAACAACGACGACAAAAAGCAAUGAGUUUUUUCUAACAUGUUUCAUUUCUAUGAGGCCAUGGUGUCAUGCAGAGGAUACAGUUGUCUGUGUGACCUUUGUGUUUUCUCUUGCCAGGUUACACUAGUGCAUGUUCAAAGUAUUCAUAGGAGAGUGUUGUUCUUUUCUGAAACUUUCUUUUCUAUAAUUUAAUUUUGCAUUAGCCUUUGUUAAUUUGCAACACAGCAAUGGAUUGGAAAAUGGAAGGGGGGGGGGGGAAGUCACAAAAGAAAAUAAUUGCAAUUUCAAGCUUGUUAAAGUGAACCAAGAAACAUCCAAUAAUAUAUACUCAGAGUCCAGUUUGUAGUUCUUGGUUGUUGUGCUACAUUAGGAAGAAGUUUGUGUCCUGACAAAAGCAAGGGAAGCCUGUGUUUUGGUCAGCUUUUUCUGAGGAAAACUAACUCUAUGUUCACCAGCAGUUGCAGCAGAAUCUCAGUUGAGAGAGUACUUUCUUACCUUUGCUAAACAAAAUAAAACCACGAUUUCAAAGUGGGAAAAUGGUGGGUUGGUUGGCUGGUUGUUUUUUAAAGUGUUCAGAAAUGGUCAGUGUGUCUAGAACUUCUCUGCCCAGUAUCCUGUUUAGUGCUUGAGAGCAUACCUGUUAGAAAACACUUUUUUAUUGAUGUGUUACACAGCAGCCCCAUAGCCAGUGAACAUUGCAGAGAGAGAAACAGAGAUGUUGUAACCUGUUCUGCAUCUGAAUAAAACCAAAAAUCUCAGAGACCAUAACUCUCAGGAAGGGCAAAAUUCUUCCCUUCUGCCAUUCCUUUAUUAGGGAACCAGGCGCCAAGCAGAGCUAUCAAGUAAAAGAACUUAGCAAUUGGAUUCAAACAACGGAUUUGAGUGUGGAAAGCUAGAAAUGAGUUCUCAUAGAUGAAGAUGGCUUUCUAUUUUGUCUUUGAAAGUUACUUCAUCAUUGAGAGAUAGUAACCAAAGAUACUUGAACAGUUUGGUCUGCACUUCAACAUGAUUAUCCCAGAUGUAUUUCUGUUGUUAAUUCACAGCUGAGCUGCAUCUAUACCCUACGUCCCCUAAGUAUCUAACACAAGAUGCCUCGUACCUCUUCUUGUUUUCCAUGCUUUUUGCUUUCUUAACAACAACAAAAAAAGUUUGAAACAGUCACCCCUACAAAUAGAAUCAAAGACAAGGUGAUUCAUGGAGAUCUGUUCAGCUGCUCAAAUCCUUGUAGCAGGCAGUAAAACAGACUCUGAAGGAAAGUUAAUGACAUGGGAAAAAUACAGCACGUGAUGGAUACAAUAAAUGUGAUACAAACCCCACUUGGAGACUUGGGUUAAAAUAUGAUGAAGCAACAGCCUUGAAGUACAUCUUGUAGCAAACUGAAAUCUUCUUAUUUUUCUUUUCUUAUUUUCACUGAUCCAUCACAUGAUAUUGAUUAAUGCUGACUCAAUACCAGACCAUUUCCACCACUUAUGUAAUGCCUCAGCUGAGAUGCAGCAGUUCAUAACUUGGAAAAAAAGAAAAAAAAAGGGGAAGGGGGAAAAGGAAAAAGUGAAAAAAAAAACAAGUAAUGGUGCUUGGCAUCAUAAGCAUUGGUUAUGUUUGUAGUGUGAAUUACAGUAUUUGUUUAGUACUUCCAAUUGUCUUCUGCUAGCAAUAUGUACAGUACUGUUGUCAGGCUUGUGACAUUUGAGUAAAAGAAAAAAAAUCCUGUAAGUGAAUGGUUUUAGCUUUUAAAAGUAAUUACAAUCAAGUUGAUUUAAUAAUUUGAUACAUCUGGAACUGAUGUAUGAUUUGUAGAGGGAAGAGAUUUAUAGGAUCUUCAUAGAAUUCUAUGAUAAUGAUAUCAAAAUCUACUUUGCAAACUGUAAAAGAGAAACAAAAGUACUUUCCCAAGCUUAUAUUCUUGACCUUAAGAGGCACACAGGGUUCAAUGGUUUCUUCUGUUAUUGUUUUGCAAUUUUUUUGGUUUUUUUUGCCUUAAGUAAUGAUAGAAGAUAUAUAUGGCUGGACACAUAUGUAUAAACUUUUCAGCAGCAUUUUUAAUAAUAAAAUAUCACAGUAUUUUCUAA